GCUCGCCCCGCCCCCACCCCCGCCCGGGCGGCCAUGGCCCUUCCCGGCAUCCCCUAUGAGCGGCGGCUUCUCAUCAUGGCGGACCCUAGAGAUAAGGCGCUGCAGGACUACCGCAAGAAGCUGCUGGAGCACAAGGAGAUCGACGGCCGCCUCAAGGAGUUAAGGGAACAAUUAAAAGAACUUACCAAGCAGUAUGAAAAGUCUGAAAAUGAUCUGAAGGCCCUACAAAGUGUUGGGCAGAUUGUGGGUGAAGUACUUAAGCAGUUAACUGAAGAAAAAUUCAUUGUUAAAGCUACAAAUGGACCAAGAUAUGUUGUGGGUUGUCGUCGACAGCUUGACAAAAGUAAGCUGAAGCCAGGAACAAGAGUUGCUUUGGAUAUGACUACACUAACCAUCAUGAGGUAUUUGCCAAGAGAGGUGGAUCCAUUGGUUUACAACAUGUCUCAUGAAGACCCUGGGAAUGUGUCCUAUUCUGAGAUUGGAGGGCUAUCAGAACAGAUUCGGGAAUUAAGAGAGGUGAUAGAAUUACCUCUUACAAACCCAGAAUUAUUCCAGCGUGUAGGAAUAAUACCUCCAAAAGGCUGUUUGCUAUAUGGACCACCAGGUACAGGAAAAACACUGUUGGCACGAGCUGUUGCUAGCCAGCUAGACUGCAAUUUCUUAAAGGUUGUGUCUAGUUCUAUUGUAGACAAGUACAUUGGUGAAAGUGCUCGUCUGAUCAGAGAAAUGUUUAAUUAUGCCAGAGACCAUCAGCCAUGCAUCAUUUUUAUGGAUGAAAUAGAUGCUAUUGGUGGUCGUCGGUUUUCCGAGGGGACUUCAGCUGAUAGAGAGAUUCAGAGAACUUUAAUGGAGUUACUGAAUCAAAUGGAUGGAUUUGAUACUCUACAUAGAGUUAAAAUGAUCAUGGCUACAAACAGACCAGAUACACUGGAUCCUGCUUUGCUUCGUCCAGGAAGAUUAGAUAGAAAAAUACAUAUUGACUUACCAAAUGAACAAGCAAGACUAGAUAUAUUGAAAAUCCAUGCAGGUCCCAUUACAAAGCAUGGUGAAAUAGAUUAUGAAGCAAUUGUGAAGCUUUCAGAUGGUUUUAAUGGAGCAGACCUGAGAAAUGUUUGUACUGAAGCAGGUAUGUUUGCAAUUCGUGCUGAUCAUGAUUUUGUAGUACAGGAAGACUUCAUGAAAGCAGUCAGAAAAGUGGCUGAUUCUAAGAAGCUAGAGUCAAAAUUAGACUACAAACCUGUGUAAUUUAUUGUGAGGAUUUUGAUGGCUGCAUGACAGACAUUGGCUUAAUGUAAAAAUAAAGUUAAGAAAAAUAAUGUAUGUAUUGGCAAUGAUCUCAUUCAAAGUCAUGAAUAAAAAUAUAUGUGAGUAACAAAAAUUAGUAACUCAGUAUUUGUACUUUUAAGAUUGGUACAGAAGAAAUUUGUAUGUUUGUUAAUGUUGCAUUUAUUGCAGCAGAAGUUAUAAGUGUUAUAACUUUUCAUAUUUGUUGUGUGAGCAUUUUGUAAAACAUUGAAAAUGGUUUGAGAUAGUAGUACAUUUCUAUGACUUAUUUUAUAUCAUUUAUUUUCUUCAUCCUAAAAAGUUGAAUAAAAUCUGUUUGAUUCAGUUCUA